AUGGUGCCAGCACUUCACAUCACUCCAAUCCCAGAGCAUGGUGAGGUGGAAGUAUUCCCUUGGGUCAAAUGCGGUAAUCCGCAAUAUCCUCCUCGUGCAUCCCAAUCCAUCUUUGAAUCCGACUCGGACGACGGGAAAGAGGCGUGGAUAGAGAACGUUGACGUCAGAACAGUCGACACUGUCACGAGAGAUCUGGAGCUGGGGGAAGAGCACAACGAUAGAAUGAUAAACGAAAUAAACGAAAUUCAUCCCGACGGGAUUGUAGAUCGGCCGCUGCACGUGAUGCGAGGUGACGUCGUCGGAAAGACGAUGGUUGGCUUCCGAUGCCCGAACCUCGGCUUGUUGCUGCUUUCGGGUUAUCAGAUGCAUCGGAAACCCGACGGCGCAGCCUACAAAGUACAGUACAUAGAUAAGACCUGCGUCGUCCGCCGGCAGGCCGCCAGGCUGAAUGACUGUUACUGUACAGAGCAACGCGCAUACAGCAUGACAGAGCCCUCGCAUCAGCCUGAUCCUCCCCCUUCUUGUGGGGAUGACGCGGUCGCCACGAAGAAUGAGGACGCGGGGACGUCGAUAGACCCCACGGAGGGGUCCAAGCCGUCGCAGUCUUCGGUCUCCUCAUACCAAAAGUCUCUGGCCGACGUGGCUUCUACAAUGCUGUUAACUACCGAUGUGACGAUGGCAAGGCUGAAUAAGUUGCUAUCUACGUCAGAUGGCCUUGGAUCUGUGCUCUCCACUCUCAAUUACGGUUCACAUGCUCUACAUUACCUUCUGGCUUCUUUACCAUCAACCGCCGUUCGGAACCGUCUCCGUCUGCUCCUCCUUUACAAACUACGAGGACAAAACCCCACGAUCGUAUUAUACUCCUCCUCCCCUUCCUCAUCAUCGAUACCACCGUUACUCGCCCUCUCAAAACUCAUAUCCGAAACCCGCUACACUCUCCGUCUUUUUGCCCUGAUCUCGAUCUGGACCUGGGGCUCUGCCACAGCCAAGUCUCCACCCCGUGACCGGGUGCUGCGGAUAGUGGCUUAUCUCGAGGUGUUGUCGAUUCUGGUGUACCAGGCGCUCGAAAAUGUGGCAUACCUCGCCUCGAAGGGGAUCUUUGGGAAACGCCUGGUGAAGAGAACGGGCGGAGUCGAUGCGUGGUAUCUCUGGAGCACGCGCGCCUGGUUCGGGUAUGUCCUGCUCGAGUUUGUGCGACUGGGCCGGGAGUCUGUGCUGUUCCGCCGACGGGAAGAGGAGCGGAAGAAGAUCAGGGCGGAAUCGACCCUGUCCGAAACGGAGAAGCGGGAAGAGGAGCAGAAGGAAGAAGAGGCCCGAAGACAGGAAAUCCGUAAAUGGAGGAAGAGCCUGGUCAAUAACCUGGCCUGGGCACCAUUGUGCGCCCACUGGAGUCUGGAGAAGGGGAUCGGGUUGCCAGAAAGCCUGACUGGAUUUAUCGGUCUGAUUGCAGGGUUGUGGGGGACAAUGAUAUCUCAUGGGUUUGGUAGAUCGUCUAGACGGCUUGACAAACGCUCGACCGAAAUCCUAAGUGGCAAAAGUGAACAAUUUGUCAUGAUCCCGUUGUGGCGGCAAUUGAGGACAAGCUGCCUAAAAGUUCUCAGGUAA